GUUGGUAACCGCGCCCGUCAGUUUUCCACACCGCAUUUCAUCCCCACUGCUGCAGGUUCGGGGGCUGUCCUCUCUGCUGGAUGCCGCACAGAGAAGGGAUUCGGUGAGGAAUCAAGGGGCAGCUCGACCCUGCUCCCGCACAGUACGUCAUGAAGCUGCAGAUCCGCGUCGACGAGGGCUCCGGCAGGAUCGUCGACGCGCGCAUCAAGACCUUCGGCUGCGGCUCCGCCAUCGCGUCCUCCUCUGUCGUAAGGAAUUGAAGGCAACUCGACCCGCACAGUUUCGUCGCCUCACGUUCCCCUCAUCCCCUUCAUCCCGCCCGGAUCCCCUAUCAUCUCCAGUGAUUCUCGGUGAGAUUCGAUGGAUUUGAACAUAGUUUUUGUGCGAAGAGAAGUGGCUCAGUGAGGAAUCAAAGGCAGCUGCCCUAGUUCUUAUCCACACUAAAUCGCAGGGUAUUUUGGCACAUUUCUACAGCAAGCCUUUUUGUUUCUGGGGCUGAGCGUGAGGUGGUGUGAUGCGGAUCUGGUUUGGAGGAUGGUAGUUAGCAGCUGGUGAUCUCAGCCAACAGAUGAAGACAAUGGGUAGUAGAAAGAGGGGCGCUGGUGGUGGUCGCACUAGCGGGACAGAUGGUGUAAGGAAUAGAGCAACGCCUGCUAGACUGUUUAAAUUGUACAAGGAAAUGUCAGAGGCUCAGCGGAAGCUUGUUAGUGAUGCUGGCUUUGGAGGCUUGCUUGAGAUAGGAAGUGGUCGAUUGCCAUCUGCCCUAAGUAAAUGGCUUGUGAAGAAUGUGGAUGGUGUAUCAGAAGAGCUUGUAAUUCCUGGAAGAGGAAAGAUUAAAGUAAAUGCAGCUGCUGUGAACAGGAUACUAGGGUUACCUAUGGGUGAAGAUGAGGUCAAAUAUGAAUUCAAUGGAAGUGCAAUUAGUUUCAUCAAUGAAAAGUGCAGCUUUGACAACGGAAGGUCUCCUGCAAUUACAACAAUAACAGAAAGGCUGUGUGCAAACAAGGAAGCAAAUGAUGACUACCUCCGGUGUUGGCUCAUGGUUGCUAUCUCAACUUUUCUGUGUGGGAGCACAGCAUUGUGCAUCAGCCCAAAGUGCUAUCCUUCUUUGGUUGAUCUAUCAAAAGUUAAGGAAUUGAAUUGGUGCAAAUUUGUAGUAGAUACUCUCAAAGGAUCCGUCGGAAAGAUGCAUAAAAAGGAUUCUGUUUUAGGCUGUCUGUAUUUCCUCUCUAUACUUUACCUGGACUCUUUGGAGGUAGGAAACAUACAAGUCCCUGAAAAACAGCCAAGAGUUGCAGCAUGGAACAUGAAACUUAUCAACAAGGUCAUAAAGAUGGAUACUAACACAAAUGGCACAUUCGGGAAACUCAAGCUCAAGAAACUAGCUGGUUCAGUCACUGAGACCUCUUUAUUUGGGGAUUUCCAAGACAUAGAUAAUUUUAUUUCACACAGGGCAUCUGCACCCAUGUCUUCAAAGAAGAAAAGGAAGUUGUCUGAAAUUGUCAAGAAAGCUUGUAUCGGUUUCACUGAAGUGAUAGGAACAUUUAUAAGUGAGGUGUCCACAAUUAGUGAUGAUUCUGAGGAGCAAGAGGAGACCAGAACAGCUAGACGGAGAAGAACUACCAAUCCUAAUCAAAAGAACACAAAUGAAGACAAAGGGGAUGAGGAGCCCAGAAGAUCAACACGGAAAAGAACUACCAAUACUCACAAGCAGGAUGUUGAUGAAGAUGAAGAGAUCGAGGAGGACGAGGAGGAUGAGGAGGAGGAGGAGGAGGAUUGGAAGGAGGACGAGGAUGAGGACGAGGACGAGGAAGAUGAGGAGGUGGACAAAGAAGUGGAGCUAGAGGAUGAGGAGGUGGCCAAAGAAAUGGAGCUAGAGGAUGAGGGUGUCUCUGGUGAGGAUGAUGCAACCAACAAAGUUGAUCCACCGGCUGGUGAUUCAAGGGAAACAGAACCAACACCACUAGAAGUUGUUCCUUCUCAAUCAAGAAGGGAAAGGCUGAGGCUCCCUCCUCCUGCUAGUGUUGUGGAAAAGAAUGAAAAAUCAAAAAAGCACACUAAAGUUGAUGCACCGGCUGGUGAUUCAAGGGAAUCAGAACCAACACCACUAGAAGUUGUUCCUUCUCAAUCAAGAAGGGAAAGGCUGAGGCUCCCUCCUUCUGCUAGUGUUGUGGAAAACAAAGAAAAAUCAGAAAAGCACUCUAAAUGGGAUUUUGAUCCCCCACCAAUGGACAUUAUGAGAUUCAUUGAUUUUCCCACACCCCGUGAACGUCCACCAUCAAAGCCAAGUGAAUGUAAUUCAGAAAGGAACGCAAGGAAAUAUGAUGAUGAUUAUUUUUGGGACAAUUUAAGUGAAGAACAAUUUAAAGAACUUGAUGCCCAAAUUGAAGAUAUAGAAAGGAAUAGGACAGAUAAGUUACUUUCUAGCAGUGCAGUUAAGCAAACUCCUGUACCUACAGAUAACCCAAUUGAACAUUCAGAAAGGAAGCCAACAAGAGUUGAAAAGACAACAUCAGCUACAACCUAUGGUCUACAAUCUGCUCCCAGCACUUCACACACACCUGCGUAUCAACCUCCGCCUAGGAGGCCAGCACGACCAGGGCGUGCUUUGCAGUCCCCAUAUAUUGAUUAUGCCAGAAACGGCUUGAAGUGCAGCAAGGUUGCAAGUCGUGCAUAUGAUGUGGUAUGCUCGGCCACUAGAAGGUCAACCAGGAGUUCGAGUCAAAGCUCAAGCCAAGGAGACGAGUUAUCCAGAUUACUAUGUGAGCUUGAAGCACCUUUCUGAAUCAGUUAAACCAGGUGGAAAAUUAUUCAACACAGUAGCUGAAAUUGCUAUAUAUGCAUUAAAAGACAGAAAGGCCAAGAUCCCUGUAAAACAAAUACUCCCACUAAGAAUAGCUUCUUUUCUACAAGAUGGGAUUCUGGAUAAUGGGGAGAUUAAUUGUGCUUUCCAAAGAAGCCUCCAUCACCUAGACCGUUCUCAAUUGGUCAUGUUUCCUGUAUUGCAAAAUAUUCGUUUCAAAAGGCUUGAUAGAACAGUGGGCCACUUCUUCCUUCUAGUCUUGAACCUAAGGGAAGAAAGGUUUGAAGUUCUCGAUUCUAUGAGGUCUCUCGCUGACAUUAACUUGAAGACAUGCUGCAACAAUUUGAUCACUGCAAUUAAGGAACUUUGGCGCAAACAUUACCCUAAUUCAAGGAAGAAUAUUGACAAGUACCAACUGAUUGAUAUUAAUGUUCCAUUGCAGUCAAACAAUCAUGACUGCGGGUUCCACAUGCUAAUGCACUGUGAACACUGGAAUGGUAUUAACAUGCCAGAGUUUAAGGAAAAAGAUAUGCCAACUAUUCGAAAGAUGCUCACAUACAAAUGGCUCCAACAUCCAGAAAACAAUAUUGCAUGGAGAUGUAAAAUGAAUAUUUGCUAG